CCCAGCAGAGGCGACCGGGCGCCCCCGGGAGAGGCCGCACCGCCGCGCCUUCGCGCGUCCCCGUUUUCCCAGCGCGCAGACAUGUCGCAGUGGUAUGAGCUUCAGCAGCUUGACUCCAAAUUCCUGGAGCAGGUUCACCAGCUCUAUGAUGACAGUUUUCCCAUGGAAAUCAGACAGUACCUGGCACAGUGGCUAGAAAAGCAAGACUGGGAGCAUGCUGCCAAUGAUGUCUCCUUUGCCACCAUCCGUUUUCAUGACCUCCUAUCACAGCUGGAUGAUCAGUACAGUCGCUUUUCUUUGGAAAAUAAUUUUUUGUUGCAGCAUAACAUAAGGAAAAGCAAGCGUAAUCUUCAGGAUAAUUUUCAGGAAGACCCAAUACAGAUGUCUAUGAUCAUCUAUAACUGUCUGAAGGAGGAAAGAAAAAUUCUGGAAAAUGCCCAGAGAUUCAAUCAGGCUCAGUCGGGGAAUAUUCAGAACACUGUGAUGUUAGACAAACAGAAGGAGCUUGACAGCAGAGUCAGAAAUGUGAAGGACAAAGUGAUGUGCAUAGAGCAUGAAAUCAAGACCCUAGAAGAUUUACAAGAUGAGUAUGACUUUAAAUGCAAAACCUCCCAGAACAGAGAACAUGAAACCAAUGGUGUGGCGAAGAGUGAUCAGAAGCAAGAACAAAUGUUACUCCAGAAGAUGUAUUUAAUGCUUGACCAUAAGAGAAAGGAAGUAGUUCACAAAAUAAUAGAAUUGUUGAAUGUCACCGAGCUUACCCAGAAAGCCCUGAUUAAUGACGAACUGGUGGAAUGGAAGCGGAGACAGCAGAGUGCCUGUAUUGGGGGACCCCCCAACGCUUGCCUCGAUCAGCUGCAGAACUGGUUCACCAUAGUUGCAGAGAGUCUGCAGCAGGUUCGUCAGCAGCUUAAAAAGCUUGAGGAAUUGGAACAGAAGUACACCUAUGAACAUGACCCCAUCACGAAAAACAAGCAAGCAUUAUGGGAUCGCACCUUCAGCCUUUUCCAGCAGCUCAUUCAGAGCUCAUUUGUGGUGGAGAGACAGCCUUGCAUGCCAACUCAUCCUCAGAGGCCAUUGGUUCUGAAGACUGGGGUGCAGUUUACUGUGAAGUUGAGGCUGUUGGUGAAAUUGCAAGAGCUGAAUUAUAAUUUGAAAGUCAAAGUUUUAUUUGAUAAAGAUGUGAAUGAGAGAAAUACAGUGAAAGGAUUCAGAAAAUUCAAUAUUUUGGGCACACACACAAAAGUGAUGAACAUGGAGGAGUCCACCAAUGGAAGUCUGGCGGCGGAAUUUCGACACCUGCAACUGAAGGAACAGAAGAAUGCUGGCAACAGAACCAAUGAGGGCCCUCUCAUCGUUACUGAAGAGCUUCAUUCCCUCAGUUUUGAAACCCAGUUGUGCCAGCCUGGUUUGGUCAUUGACCUUGAGACAACCUCUCUGCCUGUCGUGGUGAUCUCCAAUGUCAGCCAGCUUCCGAGUGGUUGGGCCUCUAUCCUCUGGUACAACAUGCUGGUGACAGAACCCAGGAAUCUGUCCUUCUUUCUGAACCCACCUUGUGCACGAUGGUCCCAGCUUUCAGAGGUGCUGAGUUGGCAGUUUUCUUCUGUCACCAAGAGAGGCCUCAACGUGGACCAGCUCAGCAUGCUGGGAGAGAAACUGCUUGGUCCUAAUGCUGGCCCUGAAGGUCUUAUUCCAUGGACGAGGUUCUGUAAGGAAAAUAUAAAUGACAAAAAUUUUCCUUUCUGGCUUUGGAUUGAAAGCAUCCUUGAACUCAUUAAGAAACACCUGCUUUCUCUCUGGAAUGAUGGGUGCAUUGUGGGCUUCAUCAGCAAGGAGCGGGAACGCGCUCUGCUGAAGGACCAGCAGCCGGGGACUUUCCUGUUGCGUUUCAGUGAGAGCUGUCGGGAAGGGGCCAUCACAUUCACGUGGGUGGAGCGGCCCCAAAACGGAGGCGAACCUUACUUCCAUGCGGUUGAACCCUACACAAAGAAAGAACUUUCCGCAGUUACUUUCCCUGAUAUUAUUCGCAAUUACAAAGUCAUGGCUGCUGAAAAUAUUCCAGAGAAUCCCCUGAAGUAUCUGUAUCCAAAUAUUGAUAAAGACCAUGCCUUUGGAAAGUAUUACUCCAGGCCCAAGGAAGCAGCAGAACCAAUGGAACUUGAUGGCCCUAAAGGAACUGGAUACAUCAAGACUGAGUUGAUUUCUGUGUCUGAAGUUCACCCUUCUCGACUUCAGACCACAGACAACCUUCUCCCCAUGUCUCCUGAGGAGUUUGACGAGGUGUCUCGGAUUGUGGGCUCUGUGGAAUUCGACAGCAUGAUGAAUGCAGUAUAGAGCAUGAACUUUUCUCAUCUUCUCUGGCGACAUCUUCCCUUCCCACCUGUGAUUUCCUCCUGCUAUUCUGUUCCUUCACAUCCUGUUUUUCUAGGGAAAUGAAAGACCCACAAAUUUGCUGCAACCUGUUGAUAGCAAGUGGAUUUUUCCCUAAUUCAGAAACGUCUGUUACUCUGAAGGGCUUCAUGCGUCUAAUUAAAGGUAAAAGUGAAAGGCCCUCUGCAAAGUGGGUUUCACAAAUGAAAAACAUUCAGAUAUACCCUAAGUAGUAACUCAGGACACUAGGAUGAGGGUCCUCUGGGAAGGGUGACAGCUAACAGCACCUAGCAGAUGGCUGUACAGAAAGUCAGUGCCCAGCCUUUAUCGGUUGUGGGAGAUCACGUGGUUAUUUAGGGAACUUCUUGACGUAGGAUUGGCAGAUUUCUGUUCUGGAGAAUUCUUAUUUGUUUUCUCUGCUUUAAAUAUGGCUGGAAAUUUUCCAUUGGUUUACCUAUGAAAUGGUUCAAAGCUAAGUUUAUCUAGAAUUACAUCAACUCUUAACAAAGGUAGCCAUCCUGUAUCCAGGCAGGGGAGAAGAGAAGCACAUAUUCCAAAUUUAGGGGUAGUAUUUUCUAUUUAAUCUUUAAUAUCCAAAGCUGAAUACAUUCUGCCUUCAUCAUGAUCGCUAGUAAAUUAAGCUGUCUUCACAGUUCUAUCAAGGGAGCCAGGCUGUUAACAACAGUGCUCUCAAGGCAGAUCCUGUUGUUUUUUUCAAAAGUUGAAAUUAAUCAUAGGUGUAGACGAACUUGGAAAUGUAAUUCAUGUUUCUUAAGUGAGUUAAUUUGUCUUUAUUGUUAUUACGUGGUAUUUAGUCUAUUAGUCAUAAAAUUUUCAAAUUGAGAAGAAUAAUAACUGACAGAUCGUUAACCAGAGAUAGAGUCAAAUGAUUUGAAAACUUGUCCUAUGUAACUGUACUGAGAAUUGCAUUUUUUUCACUGAUAAAUGUGUUUCUCUGACAGAUACAUUUGCAGAUGGUUCCCUUAUGUAUCCUGUGCUUUUCCUAGACCCCUUUUUGCCUGGGUGUUAUUUUGUAAAGUGUGUUAUGUUAUGUACCUUCUUCCUUUAGUUCUGACACCAAAAAGUGGAGUAGGGGGUUGGGUUUGAUACGGUUCUGUCAGGUAACUUUCACAGACUGCUGUCUUGUAGCUUCAUCUUAUUAUCCCACUGUCACCACCAUAAUUAUGUUUCUAUGUAAAUGCUGUGUUUUCUGGUGGGGAUAAAGUUUUCUGAAGUCUGUUCUAAAAUUAAAGUUGAAGUAUACGUAUCGCACUAAAUGUAAUAUGCAUCAUGGUACUUUGUACUGAACACAAAUUAAGGCCUCCUCUCAGUUUUUACAUGAGGUGACAGGAACCUGACUGGGUUCGCAUUGAUUUUUUAAAUUGAAAUGAUGAAGGAACAAAGACAUUAACCAACUCUUGUUUCUUAUCGCUGGCGUUUAACUAUUGGGCAUGUUUUUGUCCUUUGAGAACAAUUGGGCACUCUUUCAUUGUAUGGCACGUGCCAAGGGACUGGUUACUUUAAAGACGUAUUAAAAUGCUAGUGUUAGUCUCUUAAUUGUAUUUGGUGUGAAGAUUUUAAAAGUUACUGGCAUUAUGUAUAGGCUUGGUAUUUUCUCAUUUUUUUAACUAAUGACUAAACAUUAAAAUAUAUCAGUCCUUACUUUAAAAUAAGAUCAGUAGCACCAUUUUCCUGAGUGUUGUCCUUCCUUAACCUGCCUUUAGUCAGAAUUGCUGUGGCAAAUGAAGUGGGUCAGUGGAAGAGACUGGAGAGGAAACAUUACUAGAACAAGCUGUAACGGGUGCCAUAAAAAGUAAAUGAAAAAAAGUACUUUGGUUGUGGUGACCACAGCUGCCUCCAAAUGCACAAAUAAUGUGGCACCUGUUUUAAAAUGAAUUUCUGUACUAAUAUAAGGUUUUAAUUUUAAAAUAUAUGCAAAAUAGGACUCUGUCUCAUCUCCAAAGCUGCCAUCUAAAAUCCACACCCCCAUGAUCAGACAAGUUGUCACUGAGAAGUUAUUGCACCCACACAAAGAGGGGCCAUUUUUCUCCAAAGAAAUUAUAAGCUAGAAAGCCAUGGCCUUCUUAAAGCAAAGGCACCGGGUGCUGGAAAAAAAGUGUAAGAAAAGACAUAAUCACUGGAUUACACAAACUGGCUGGUUAGACUUAACCAUUGAUUGAAGAGUUAUCAGGGAAUAGUGGUAUCGUGAAGCCAGAAUAGGCUUGAAUCUGGCAUUAUAACAAAUAUCACCAUUCUCAUCUCCAUGUCUGCAGUACUUAUGUCUAGGAAAUACAGAGUUUCUUCCUAAGAAACACUGGGAGUAAGUAGAUAAUACCCUGCCUAGCCAGGGCAUUAUGAGAAUAUAAAUCUGUAUUCUUAUAUAAUUCAUCAUUAUGAGACGUUACUAAGUAGAUCCUGGCUUUGAGGUGUUUGUUUUAUUAAGAGUAUUUCUGGUAUGGUGUUUGUGGGGUGUUUCAUAAGCAUAGAGCUUGUAUGUAAUACUUGGGAGAAAUUUCUCCUUACUAGGGAAAGAGGAUUUUCCAAGAUGGCAGUAAAUGAUUUUGCUAUUUAUCUGGCAUUAAAUGAACCUAAUCUGUUUAUUGACUGUAAACUAAAGUAGAAUAUUAAAUCUUAAGGAACAAA